CCUGUCGCUGCUUGGUAACAAUGGGGAAGAUAAUGGCUGCCUGAGCAACGUCUCCGAGCAGGCGCUGGGCUAGAGGCGGGUCUCAACCAGCGACUCAUCGGAGGCGGGAUUGAGAGCGGCGGUAGGGGAGGUGCAAGGAGCCUAGGCGGCGGAGGCCGAACCGACCGAGUCGGAUCCUGACACUAAAACCGAAGCAGAGAGUGAAGAAAACUAAAAUCCAGUUUAUUGUAUUUCAAUACUAUGUCAUAACAGUCAGAUAAUUUUCCACUUGUUCAUAAGAUGGAAAACUCAGAUUCCAAUGAUAAAGGAAGUGGUGAUCAGUCUGCAGCACAGCGCAGAAGUCAGAUGGACCGAUUGGAUCGGGAAGAAGCUUUCUAUCAAUUUGUAAAUAACCUGAGUGAAGAAGAUUAUAGGCUUAUGAGGGAUAACAAUUUGCUAGGCACCCCAGGUGAAAGUACUGAGGAAGAGUUGCUGAGAAGACUACAACAAAUUAAAGAGGGACCACCACCACAAAACUCAGACGAAAAUAGAGGUGGAGACUCCUCCGAUGAUGUAUCUAAUGGUGACUCUAUAAUAGACUGGCUUAACUCUGUCAGACAAACUGGAAAUACAACAAGAAGUGGGCAGAGAGGAAACCAAUCUUGGAGAGCAGUGAGCCGGACUAAUCCAAACAGUGGUGAUUUCAGAUUCAGUUUAGAGAUAAAUGUUAACCGUAAUAAUGGGAACCAAAAUCCAGAGAAUGAAAAUGAGCCAUCUGCAAGACGGUCUGGUGGAGAAAAUAUGGAAAACAACAGCCAAGGGCAAGUAGAAAAUCUGCGAUCUGAAUCAACAUCUGCGAGGCCAUCUAGAUUAGAACGAAAUUCAAGUGAAGCAUUAACAGGAGAAGUCCCACCUACCAGAGGUCAGAGAAGGGCAAGAAGCAGAAGUCCAGACCAUCGGAGAACCAGAGCGAGAGCUGAAAGAAGUAGGUCACCUUUGCAUCCAAUGAGUGAAAUUUCAAGGAGAUCUCAUCAUAAUAUCUCAUCUCAGACUUUUGAACAUCCUUUGGUAAAUGAGACUGAGGGAAGUUCUAGAACCCGGCACCAUGUGACAUUGAGACAGCAAAUAACUGGACCUGAGUUGCUGAGCAGGGGUCUUUUUGCAGCUUCUGGAACAAGAAAUGCCUCUCAAGGAGCAGGUUCUUCAGAUACAACUGGCAAUAGUGAAUCUACAGGAUCAGGACAGAGACCUCCAACCAUAGUCCUUGAUCUUCAAGUGAGAAGAGUUCGUCCUGGAGAAUAUCGGCAGAGAGAUAGCAUAGCUAGCAGGACUCGGUCAAGGUCUCAGACACCAAACAACACUGUCACCUAUGAAAGUGAACGAGGAGGUUUUAGGCGUACGUUUUCACGUUCCGAGCGGGCAGGUGUGAGAACCUAUGUCAGUACCAUCAGAAUUCCCAUUCGUAGAAUUUUAAAUACUGGCUUAAGUGAAACGACAUCUGUUGCCAUUCAGACCAUGUUAAGGCAGAUAAUGACAGGUUUUGGUGAGUUAAGCUACUUUAUGUACAGUGAUACUGAUUCAGAGCCUGGUGGCUCAGUCCCAAGUCGAAACAUGGAAAGGGCAGAGUCACGGGAUGGAAGAGGGGGUUCUGGUGGUAAUAGUUCUGGUUCUAGUCCUAGUUCCAGUUCUAGUCCUAGUUCCAGUUCUAGUGGUGAAAGUUCAGAAACUAGCUCAGAGGUGUUUGAAGGCAGUAAUGAAGGAAGCUCCUCCUCAGGCGCCAGGCGAGAGGGUCGACAUAGGGCCCCGGUAACAUUUGAUGAAAGUGGCUCAUUGCCCUUCCUUAGUCUGGCUCAGUUCUUCCUCUUAAAUGAGGAGGAUGAUGACCAGCCUAGAGGACUCACCAAAGAACAAAUUGACAACUUGGCAAUGAGAAGUUUUGGUGAAAACGAUGCAUUAAAAACAUGUAGUGUUUGCAUUACAGAAUAUACAGAAGGCAACAAACUUCGUAAACUACCUUGUUCCCAUGAAUACCAUGUCCACUGCAUCGAUCGCUGGUUAUCUGAGAAUUCUACCUGUCCUAUAUGUCGCAGAGCAGUCUUAGCUUCUGGUAACAGAGAAAGCGUUGUUUAAUUAAGAUCCGAACUCUCAGCUAUGUAGCUGGUAUAGUGAUGGGCAAACAGGAAUCACAUGCUUUAUGUCCACUUUUUGAGUGGUGCUUAAAUGUAAAUUAACAACCUGAAUUGAGUCAUUGCUUUCGGAGUGAAUUACUGUCCUUUCUCCAAUUUCUGUUCCAGAAUAAAAGGAAAUGUUUAAAAAGCAAUGUAUUAGGGCCCACAAAUCUGAUUUCAGUACCAGUUGAAUCAGUACCAUCUCUAUUACUGAUAAUUUAUCAUAUAAACUUGUUUCUCCCUUAUUCUGUUAAAAGAUCUGCCUUCGCAGUGGCUCGUAUCUGUUUCAUGUUGAUCUUUAAAGUUUCCCACGCCAUAGGAGAGAGGGGCGAAGGAAAUUCCCAGUUUAGACUAAGUUACAGUCAUAUUUCAUAAGUAAUUACUUAAAGCUGUACUGUUUCCAGUUAUCAGUUUGAUGCAAAUCCAGCUAUAUCAUGAAUAUCAUUUGCUCACCUUUCAUUCUAGGUGAUAUUGGACAUGUCAGUGUAAAUAACACUAAGGUUAAGAUCUUCUAAGUGUAUAACUGUCUCCUAAGCCCAUCACUUGUGGCACACUGUAGAGUGAGCUUUUAGUUUAACUGAGAUAUUUAUCAUGUGGAAAUAUUAAAAAGCCUAUGCUUGUGUAAGUGAAAAAAAUCACAUUCAUUUGUUUAAAAAUGUAAAGCUAUUUUGUAGAGGCUCAGUACUUUUUCCAAUGCACUGUUGUAUUAAUGCGUUAAAAAUUGUAAAGUAUCAUGCUUAGAAAUGAGAAAACUGCUUUUUGUGAGCCAGCAUAGUAAAACACACCAAACAAAGUACAAAGCUGCUUUUGUGAGUGUGUAGAUGUCAAGAGCGGAACAUAUCUAAUAAUAUUUAAUGUAUGUGAACAGUUAACUGUGACAUGCAAAGGAAAGGACAGUGCAGGAUUGAACUGCAUUAAAGACCAAUGGGAAUAGUGUAUUUUAACUUGGAUUUAGGCAGGAAAUGAAAGAUGGAGAGAGUAAAGAACUCUGCUCUGAAAAAUUCAGACUUUUCAUGAAGACAGUAAUAAAUACAUGAACAAUUUUCAUGAGGUGAGAUCAGCAGUCAUUUGACAAAGUAUUCUACUUAAGUAGGUGAAGUAGAAGAUCAGAUUUGACAGAGCUUUGGUUUAAGAAAAACCAGUAACACAUAGUGCAAAUUAAAUUGAUAUUUUUACAAGUCUGUCCCCCCCCCAGAAAAAUGGAAUAAAAAGUGGAGGAAAUGGACUAUAAACCACUUUUAACAUAAGAAUUGAAGUUAGUACAGAUGUGUGUGCUAACAGGUAUAUCUUCGAAUUUGCAGUUUUUGAGGUUUAUCAUUUAAGGUACCAAUGCAUACUUGAUAUUUAAAGACCAGAUGAAGAAUGAAGGGAUUUUUAUCACUCUUUGUUGAAGGUGAGUGAGAUUGGUUUGUUUGAAAUUCAGAUUUUAAUUGUGCUGCCCAUAUAUGAUAAGAAUGCUGCUCACUCUCCAUGGGACAUGCACUUUAUAAUGUUUUCUUAGUAGUAAGAAUAGAUUUGUGAAAAACCUCAGUACUCUUGCCUAAUUUAGCUCUUUUGAGGCUGGUUGGGAUUAGAAUUAGUCUGACUGUGGAGCAGAUGUUUGUUUUUCUGGGAAAGAACUAAGAGGCCCAAAGAGGGAUUGAACACGUCCUUGACCUUUAAGAAAGUGAGCUAACUAACCAGAGAUAGUCAGUUACUCUACAAAAUAAACAAGUGUGCUUUAGAAGUUAUCUGGCUACCUUAAAUGUUAAUCACUUAGCAGCAAAGAUUUUUUUCAAAGCUUAUUCUUUCCUCUGGCUUUUGGUCCUACCUAAGCAUCAAGGAAAUGAACUUGUAAAUACAGUAGUUGUUUACUAAUGAUAUGUACUGCUCUUGUAAGGAAAUAAUGUCCAAACAAAGCUUUACUUAUUUUUUUUAAUAUUAAGCAGAUUUCACUGUUUAUGGCGCUUAUGUAAUACAUUUUAUCUUUUUAAAAAAUCGUCCAUGUAAAAGUCAGGGUUCCUUUAUAUUUGUGAGCCUCCUUGUCUCCUUUCCUAGGGGUGUAAUCUACAGUUCUCAGAUCUGCAGGGUAGUCUUGAUUGGCUAAAAUCAAAUCCAUUUUCCUCUUGAUAAAAAAUGUUCCAUUUUUAAAGAGGUGUUCAUUUUAAAUAAUUUAUAAACAACUGCAGCACAUUCUAAGCCUAAAAGGAAGUUAUUGACCACAGGUACCUCCCUAACCUCCCGAGAUGUAUUAAUCAUUUGUGAAGUAUUAAAGCAAGAGGUAACUCAUGCAGAAUGUUGGUUAUGAAUGUACAUAUUGAAGUUAUUCAUAAACACUGGAAAUAGGAUUUUAAGUUUAUAGCUUUCAGUAGAAUGCACAUAUUUGACAUGUGCAUGUGGACACCUUUUUCUCUAGCACUCAUUAAUUUCCAUUGGAUUGUGUAGAAUGCUUACAAGUACUUUAGUGGAAUUUGCUACUUAAUUUUUUUUUAGUUUUGCAAUGUCCAUGGCUAAUAUAUACUUACUAGGGUUGUGGACAUUGAAGACAAGGCCAUUUAUAGGUGACAGAUGUACAAUGGAGAACAGAAAUCUUUUUUCCCACCAACGUCCAAACACCUGUUGAGGGAACAUUUUCUUGGAAAAGACUUUACAUUUCAUUUUGUACCUUUGCACUUUUUCUUCAUUAUAGAAAGGUUCUGUCUUUGAGACUUAGUUUGAACUUCAUGUAGUACUUAAUAAUAAAGAAAAACAAUGUUAGGAGAUUACAUUGUAAAGCAUAGGGAAAAGUACUAAAAACUGAAUUUCCUUGAAUAUUUCCGAUAUUUUUAGAAAUUCACUCACUAGUCUGAAAUAUUCGAAGUGUUUUGUUGUUUAACUCCAAGCAGUUGACAAGAUUGAAAUUUAUUAGCACUAGAAACAAUUGAACAAGUUAGGUUCAAAGUCUGCAGACUUAUGUGUAGCGGAACGACAAAAUGAGCCAUGUUGUUAAUUUGGGAAUAUUUACUCUAAAAAGAACACAUUAGUUAUACCUCAUUGGUGUUAUUGGAUGUGGGGAUUGAGAAAAGUGUUCAUAUUAGUGUUGGAGUGUAGGGUAAUAAUUGUACAGUUAACAAACACGUUUAGCAUGUGUGUAUGUAUAUAUGUGUGUGUGUGUAUAUAUAUGUAUAUAUAUGUAUGUAUAUAUACAUAUGCAUAUAUAUUUCUUUUAAAACAUUAUUGGAGUUCAUCCAGACUUAAAGAUUAGGAAACUCAUUAGCUAUUAGUGUUACCUCAAGUAAUUGAUUUUUAUUCCCCCUGGGAAAACACGUCCUUUUCAUGCCAAGUAUUCUCUCCUAUAGUGUCAGUGUCUGAAAUUAUAUUUAUGAAGGGUUAUCACUUAACAUGCUUUGUACUUAACCACCUGCUUCCCAAAUGUCCAUGACAUGAAGUGGGUCAAGCAUUAGCCAUGACUUUCAGUCAUUUCCCAAAAUACCCAUGUGAUAGGGAGGUGAAUGUUGCAAAAUGCCUCUUAAAGGGCCGUUUUAAACAGCUCGCUAGAAUACAGUGGCGCCUUGUGGUUGUCGUUGAUACUUUUAAAGACGGAGGAUGUAUCCCCCCACCCUCUUUUUCUCCUUUGUUCUUUUGUGAACGAAAAAAAUUCAUAAUCUGCCUUAUUUUAUUAUUUUUUUUAAGUUUUACCUUACUGGCUUCCCUGUCAAGUGUAUUACCAAUAUUAAGUACAUAGAAGCCACGUUUGCAGGGCACUUUUAUUCUUGUCUUAUAAGACUAUGCUGAUUGCUACUUUCUGAAGUAUUCUAUACCUUAGUAAUGAAAUUGAUAAGGCACAUGUUAAAGUGUCAGGCUUUUUUUUUUAAGUACAGUAUAAUUCUUCAGUAUGUUUAAUAUUCAAUUACAUUGUUGUAAUUCAUUGAGUUAGCUAGUAAAUUAUGUGCUUUUGAAAGACUCAUUAGAAAAUGUAAAUCAGUAUAACAUGCUUCAUUUGAAAAGUUAAAGCGCAAGGUCCAAGGAACUAGUGUUUCAUUUAUUUUUUCAGUCAGAUUUUUUAUAAGCAACUAAAAAGCUGUGGGUUUGGUGCCUGCCCUUUAAAAAUUCUUUUUCUUAACUGGAAUAUUUCUAAAACACUAUCUAAUCUUCCCCAAAAGUGAUUGAUCUCACUUGAUUUAAGUAACUUUGAAUCUGAAAGUCUACAGCGUGUACUAGAGCUGUUACUGAGGCGUUAGAACCCUCAGGAUAAUAACAGGACAGUUUGUAUCAGUUUUAUGAUUCUUAUCAUGUCUAUAUAGGUGUUGUGAAUCAAUUCUGAAGGAAAAAGGCAUACCCUCCAGCACUUUACAGUGAGAUAUUUGGUUUGAUUAUGAUUUGUUUAAUGAAGACCCACAGCUGCUUUAUUGUCUCUUGGGUUGAGUGAUAUCUUAAAGACAUGCAGUGAAAAUUAACCCCAUCAUACCACCGUGCCUAAUUAUGUCAAGGUUUAUCAGUUUCUCAUCUUGAAGAUUAUUUCAGUUCCAAGGUAUGGUUGAACCAGUUGCCCAGCCUUAACUCUAUUUAGUGCCCCUUUACUAAUACUCUUUUAACAAUUGAUUUGUAUGUGUUUUAACUGUCCAGUGUUUGGAUUUUACUUCUUGAUAGCUUCAUUUGUCCCUGGUGCUGCUUUUAAAGAUGCAGGGCCAUGUGAUCAGGUAUCAAGUUGAGUAGGUACGAGGUUGGCCUGGUUAUGUAUGUAUGUGCCUGUUUUAUCUUCUCCCAGGAACAGCUACUUUGGUAUAAAUGUUUACUUGGAUUCAUCUAAAUAACUAGGCAGCAAUCUUGGAAAGCUUUCUGAAGCCUAUAAGAACCUGAAGUGAUUUGGAGGGAGAACAGUAACAAAGGCUGCCUUUAUAUCUUUGAACAUGAAGCACAUAAAUGUAUGUUCUGUAAAGACUGAAGUGAUUGUUAUACCAGGGCUUCCUGACCUCUGGGAGAGACUUUCAAAAAAGCGGAAAGGAGCACAAAGUGACAUGAAUUUGGUUGGCUUACUUUAUCUGGUUUCUCAGUUUCUUUCCAUUUAAACCUGAACAUAACACCCUUCUCCAGUAUCUAUCCAGCAGACUCCCGGUUGGGAAGCCCUGUAUUAAAUUUUGAGAAUGUACCCAGUUUUCCUUUUUUGUACAGUGCUUUAUAACUGCUAAAAUUUGUUUAAUGCAAAAACAAGACCUUGAAAGGUCAGUCAUAUUAAAGCUGGUUUGAUUAUUAAUAGUUAUCUUUUAGGAAGAAGCUUUUUCCCUCUGUAAGAUGUCAUACUGCAGAUUUAAAAUAUAGACUAUCAAUAAAAUGCAUGAAGUGAUCAUUUGUGCUUGA